AUGUUUUUACAUAAAUUUGUACUAUACAAUCUGUUGAUUUUAUGCGCAAGGAGUGUUAAAAUCGCCAAUAAACUAAACUUGUACAAUAACUUAAAUACAUUCACAAAUAAUCGGAAGAAAAUUAAAAAUGGAUUUUUUUUUAUUAGUAAUUCCUAUAAAAAUUGUGCAAACGGGUUCUACAGCAAAAUUGACAAUAAUUUGAUCACACAUGGAAAUGUGUUAGAAGAUUCCACUGAGAUUCCAUACAAUAACAGAUCAACAAACAUUGUAUUUUAUAGUAUAAAUGAUUCAAAAGUUUUAAAUUACGAGAGUAAUACCAGUAACAUAGUUGAUGAUGUAGAGAAGAGCAUAUUUACUUGUGCUUUUGACGGUCACGAGUCAUUAAGUAAUGUACUUGAAACAUUGGCUAAACCUCUUGAGAAUGUCUGUACGCGUAUUCACAAUGAUCAUAAACAGCGUUUUCACUCUGGAAUUGACAAUAAUUUUGAGUUUUCGGCCUUUAGAUCGAUCAGAGCUUUGAUCUAUUUAGUAGGAUCAAGGCUACUUAACAUAGCCAAAUUGGCAAGAAAACAUAAUCAUCUACAGUGUGAGAUUAACGAGUUGGAGGCGGAAAAUGAAAAGUGUGAAAAGAUAAUUAGGUCAUUUGUCAUCAAUAAUGUUGAAAGAUGGGAGAAGUUAUUGAAUAAUACAAAGGAUUUUGGAGUUGAUUUAGUCAAAUACCCUCAAUUCAACUCUUUUGAAGACCGUUUGGAGUAUAUUAAAGGCAUUUGGAAUUAUUUUAAUAGCAAAAUUUUCAACAAUUUACUGCCAAAUUAUGACCUGAAAAUUUCUUUUUACGAACUACAAAGUAGAAUAAAGAACGAGAUGGCUGGAACUAGGGAAUUAUUCAUCAUCAAGAGGACAAAUUUGUUGGAGUUUCCAGAGAUUUUAUAUCUCAAUGAACUAAAAAAUUUGCCAAGUGCUUUGGGGAAUUGUGUACUUCGUUCAAUGGUUAAGUUGUUUUUGGAAAUUUAUUCACCCUUCGAUUUGGUGGAUACAGUUACCACAAUAUUAAACGGUUUCAGAUUUGUUGAAAGUGCCACUGGCCAAAGUGAUCUUAAUUUCACAGUUAUUCAGUCACCUUUGGACAAAUUAGUGGAAUACAACCAAGAUAUAAUGGCUCAGAUUAACUCCGGCGAUUUAAUUCUAGAAGAGGAAUUGGACUUCAACGACCCAAAAUCAAUUUUUCCAAAGAUCAACGUUACACCAUUUCUCCCAAACUCAUUUCUACCAAUAACCAGUAACAACCAAAUGUCUGUAGAAAAUGAUACUGAUAAUAGUGUUUCUGAGGGAGCAGUGAAGGAAGUUUAUCAAUUAUUUGAUAAAUCAUUUGAAAAGAGUCAAGGAAUUGAUGAUAUUUGGUUUAGGGGUGAUGAUCUGGUAGUACCUGUCCGUGAAAUAAUAAGAGCGUUGUUAGUGGGUGGAUUUGAUCAAUUUACGUCGCUAUUUACUCCAGUAAUGAGUAAACUAAUGCAAUUGAAGCCAGUGGAAUUAAAUUUUGUACAAAAUCGCAUCAUCACAAUUUGCGUACAUUUUCUCAACUCUCUACUUUCACUCCAGAACUAUUCACAUAACUAUUCGCUGAACGGAAAUUUUAGUAUUAAUAACAGUGUUGAAAGAGCCAAUUUGGUAGUUGUUCAGUGCAUUCUAUUUUUCAUGGGAUUACACCAGAAAUGCACCAGUAAUCUUAAUUUAUAUCCACUCACCAAUGAUUUCAUACGCACCAGUCCUAUUAUACAGUUGUUAAACACUGUUAACAACUUAGGUACUGAUAAUAACCCCAACACUGUUAAUAAUGAUACCAUAGGGAAUGUUAAUAAAAAUAGUUCUACUCAUAAAUUGGGGUUGGUAUAUCAAAAGUAUUUGGAGCAGAAGGAGGAGUUCGUGACCUUUAUAAAUGAGUAUUUGGACGAUUCAGUUCCAUCUGACGACGUUGAUGCACUGAAAUUUCUAGUUAAUUAUUACAAUUUCAACCUUUUUUCAGGCCGGCUUCCCAUAAAUAUUCCUGCAAGGUUUGUCGAUUCAGACUAUUUAUCAUCAAAUGAUUCAUGUGGAAUGCUGAGGACACCCACAAUAUAUAUCAAUUGUCUGGUAAAAGGGGAUAAAAUAAUAAUCGCGAGAGUAAUUCUGGAUGAAAUGUUGAGAAUAUUCAUGAAAUACUGUAGCAAACUUACGUUUAAUGAGGGAAGCAACAGCCUUGUGGACUUGUUGGAGUUUAAUCUGGAGAAUCGCAUGAAACAACACUUUCUUAUCUCAACCAACGAUUCAUUCCCAUUCAAACUCUUAGACAUUUUACCGUCAGAUAACCUAACCAACUACAACCAAGUGUCUGUAGAGAAUGAUACUGAUAAUAGUGUUUCUGAGGGAGUAGUAGAGAAGUUUAGUUCUGAGAGACUAGUGCAAAAGGGUUAUAACACUUGUAAAAGUAGAUUGAAUGACGUAUUUAAGAGUAGUGUUGGCACUGACGAUUUGGUGUCUCAACUUCACAAAUCACUGGUGUAUGAAGAUUCCGAUAAAAUUUGGCUUGAAAAAAGAUUACCAAUUUCUCGCUUUUUAUCAUCCCUCAUAACUGGAAACUUUCAUCUGAUUCACAGUGUCAUAUCUAACCCAGCGUCCACAAGGGUGACCUCGAAGCUUAAACUGGCACAAUUAAAUCUAUUAGAAAACAAGUUCAAACACCACGCCAUCGCCAAUUACAACCUUGUUAGAGAGUUGUCCAGAGACAAGAGCGUCAAUUCGUUGAUUUGGGAAAACCUAAUGGUAGUUGAGCUUGCCUUCUCUGACCUAAGAGAGGAACUCAUCAAAAACAUAUUAAUAUAUACCAAAGAUUUAAUUGAGGCAAUUACGAACAUACUAAAUACCAUCACCAACACCACCCAAAUACACACCUUUUCAGAUGAUAACAUUAAAAUACAUGAUAACACUGUUAUUACCAGCGAUACUAUUGAUGACUCACCCGAAAAUUCAGUUGAUAAUGUUAUCAGUAGCAAUUAUAGUGUAGAAGGCAAACCCGUAGAAAAUGCCGAUAAUAUUAGGGUGAGCAAGGAGGUAAAAAAUGAUUUGUUUGAUCUAAUCAAUGAGGAGAGAUUGAGUGGAGAUGACCUUCAUGGCGUGAUCCAAUUACUUUAUGACAGGUACAAUAAGUAUUUGUUCGGAGGAGUUUUGCCAGAGGUUGAAAUAAAAUUCAUACCCUUGGACGAAUUGUCAGAUUUAUCGAUGGAUUUAAACAAUUUCUCAGCCCCUAAAAUACUCAUUAACCAUCUUUUGAAGGACGUUAACUUAAUCAACACCCAGCUGGUUACACAAAUGUGCCAUUUGUCCUAUUACUACUACAGACACAAUAUUUUGGAGGACCUUAGUGACCUUGGCCUUCAGUACAACUCUAUAUACAACCUUAUACAGUCAAACAAUGAUAAAAUUAUCAAGAGCAAGUUAAUACCCUUUAAUAUAGAGAAGAAACUGGCCAAAACAAGAAAAAAAAAGAACUUUAAUCAAAAGUACAUUGACCUCAUUACCAGUACAAUCAGUGAACAUACCAAUUCAUUUGGUAAAAAUAGCAACUAUGUUAAGUGGCUGGUAGAGGAUUUUGUGGUUGAGGUGAUUUUGAGCAGACAGGAGCUGAAGCACGAUGAAAGGUAUACCAACUUUUACGAAGAUUAUCAUACACUCAAAUCUUUUGCCACUCACUAUUACAACUCAAAAUUAGGUUUAGAAAUAACUGACUCACUUGAGCCUGCCGAUACACAAAAUAAACAAGAUGCACAGAGUCAAAAGGAUAUUUUGCAAUUCUCUGAAGAAAAUGAUAAUGUAACUGAUAUCUCCGAUGGACUAGUGAAUGAAGAGUCACCAUUGGAGAUAUUGGAUACUUUGAAAAGUAAUUGGUUAAAGAAUAUGAUGGCCAAGUUUGAGAAGAAAUUGGGUGAAAAGGGAAUUAACCUAUUUUUACCGUUUGAGGGAUUUGACUGGAAUUCCUUACUGACUGAUGAACAACAAGAAAUGGUAAUUAAUUACAUUGCAAAGUACCCUAACCAGAGCCUCUUUUCCAUAUUGACCAAAAGCAAUGCAUUAACACAACAACAAGUCAUUAAUAUAUUCACCAACAAUACUCCCGAUCCUCCUCACGACUCCACACAUAAUUCUAUAGAUAAUUGUACAGAUGAUUCUAUACCAAUAGGACUGAAUUGUGCUGAUAUUGUAAACAGUGAAGAGUCUAACAUGUUUCCAGAGGUUCAAAAAACUUCUAUUGAUGUCGAGAACUUGAUCAGUAAUAUAGUGAUGGACAUAGUGUACCAACUACCUGAACAUGAGCACGAAACGUUUUUGAACUUUUUUAACAAGUUGCUUGACCAGGAUUUCGUCUAUUGCAGAAACAUUUUAAACUCUCACGAAACCCCCUCUCUGCUCCUUAAAAAGUCAUUUGAAGCACUGGAAUCCAUACAUCACCAUCAAUUUGUGGAUGAAAACGUCCAUAAUAACAUACUUAAUUUUUUACAUAUGUAA